AAAUAGCCCUAAAUUGCUCAAUUUGGGAAUUUCAAACAUAUCAGGAAAGACAUAAAUCACAUAAUCACACCCAUCGUUCGCCAAAUCUUCCAUCGUUUCUCCGGCAAUUCCUUCGUUGUUGGAUCCUUUUCCAGACACCCGAUCUUGCCGUAAAAAUGACAACUUCAAGGAGGCUUGCCGACAGGAAGGUCGAGAAGUUUGAGAAGAACAUCAAUAAACGUGGAGCUGUUACUGAUUCAAGCGCAAAGAAGGGGAACAACUUAGCUGUUGGCCCAGUCUUGAUUGGGUUUUUCAUAUUUGUCGUCAUUGGAUCAUCGCUAUUCCAGAUAAUCAGGACGGCAACGAGUGGAGGCAUGGCUUAACUGCACACCGUGUUUCACAUGGACGUCUUGAGAGGUGGCGCUGCAGCGUCUCUUCUCAAUUGGCAGCCUAUAUUCUGAAAUGUGGAAUCUUUGUAGCUUUAUUAUGUGUUGACUUAAAACUUUGUAUAAGUUUUACUUUAAUCUUUCAUGUGUUUGUUUCUACCACUAUAUGUACACUGGGAUGUUUACAUUCUUUAAAACUCCAAUAUCAUUACAGUUUACUACUGAA